AAUCGAUAGUUUAUCGCCAAUAUGACAUCUUUAAUAUUAAUUUUUGAAGUUUUUGUACCACAUUGAGCAUAAUUUGAAUUUUGUGUUAUUUACAAGUUACACUAAAUUAACACGAUUGCAUUCUUGUAUUUUUAUUAGCUAUGGAUGAUAUAGAUUUAGGUUUUGCGGAAGAACGCGAUAGCGUAUGGCUGACAAAUCGCUACUUUCCUAGCAAAGUAGGUGGAAAACCAGCGUGGUUGGACCUGGAUAAAUUGCCAAGUAACAAAGAGCUAUUGUGUGACAAAUGUCAGUUACCUAAAGCAUUUCUAUGCCAGAUUUAUGCACCAUUUGAAGAUGAGCACAAUUUCCAUCGAACUAUUUACGUUUUUGUGUGUCGAACACCCAAUUGUCAGGAGACGAAUUCCGCAAGGUAUUUGAGUGCAUAUCGAAGUCAACUACCGAGGAAAAACUCAUACUAUUCAGAAGAACCACCAAUAGAAGAAGGAAAUGCUUUGCCAGAAAUUAACAUUGCAAAGAAACUGUGUUUUGCUUGUGGUUGUUUAGGGCCUUUAGCAUGUAGCCGGUGUCGUAAUAUGAACUACUGCUCGGCUAGCCAUCAACGUGCUCAUUGGCCACAUCACAAAAAGGUUUGUACAUCUGAGAAUAAUAGCAGUUCUGAAAAUAUCGACGUGAUAUUGCCCAAUAUAAGAUUUCCGGAAUGGGAAAUUGUUGUUGAAGCGAAUGAUCCAGAUGAAAAAUCUACUACACAAAAGGACGAAGAGAGCAUGGAAGAAAGUCGAUUGAAAGAAUACCAGGAUUUAGUAGCAGCUGGAAAUGCAGGCACAUUAAAAGAUAUACCAGAUGCUGAACUAGAUAAAUAUAUUACCAAAUCUGAAGCAGUUGAUGAUAAGUUUUUUAGAAAAUUCAAAAAAGAAGUGAGCAAAGAUCCAGACCAAAUUUUGAGAUAUAAACGAGGAGGAAACCCACUUUGGAUUGCAAAUGUAGAGCAAACUUUCGGUCAAAAUCCAGAAAUUCCAAAUUGUGAAUUAUGUGAUAGUGUGCGUCGAUUUGAGUUCCAGGUAAUGCCACAGAUGCUUAAUUUGCUGAAGGAUGACCACCUUGAUUGGGGCGUAUUAGCUGUAUAUGCGUGUUCUAAAAGUUGCAAUAUACCAGCAGACAAAGGAUAUGUUGCCGAAUAUGUAGUAAAGCAAGAUAUUAUUUCCAAUGAAAGUAAAUAAUAAAGUAAUGUUCUGAAAUUAUUUAUUUCCCCGA